AGCCAACCACACCAUGUGAAAGAGGCUGACUUACAAGAAUCCACUCCUGAAAGUCCAGCUAAGCCCAGGGCCAACUUCCACUUUAUUCUGGAUGUUUUCACUUUUGGGGCAUCUCGUUCUGAGUCAAGAUUCCUCCUUCUGAACAUGGGACUUUCCAGAAGGACCACAGCUCCUCCUGUGCAUCCACUCAGCCUGGGAGGUUCUGGAUUUGGGUUGUCGAGGGAGUUUGCCUGCCUCUCCGGAGAAGGACGGCCAUGUGGCCCCUGUGGAGCCUGCUUCUCUGGGAAGCCCUACUUCCCAUUACAGUUACUGGUGCCCAAGUACUAAGCAAGGUUGGGGACUCUGUGCUGCUGGUGGCAGUGCGUCCCCCUGGCUUCCAAGUCCGUGAGGCUCUCUGGCGAUCUCUCUGGCCUUCGGAGGAGCUCCUGGCCACGUUUUUCCGAGGUUCCCUAGAGACUCUGUACCAUUCCCGCUUCCUGGGCCGAGCCCAGCUACACAGCAACCUCAGCCUGGAGCUCGGGCCGCUGGAGUCUGCAGACAGUGGCAACUUCUCCGUGUUGAUGGUGGACACAAGGGGUCAGACCUGGACCCAGACCCUCCAGCUCAAGGUGUACGAUGCAGUGCCCAGGCCCGUGGUACAAGUGUUCAUUGCUGUAGGAGGGGAUGCUCAGCCCCCCAAGACCUGCCAGGCUUUCUUGUCCUGCUGGGCUCCCAACAUCAGUGAAAUAACCUAUAGCUGGCGACGGGAGACCACUGUGGACUUUGGCAUGGAGCCACACAGCCUCUUCACAGAUGGACAGGUGCUGAGCAUUUCCCUGGGACCGGGAGACAGAGGUGUGGCCUAUUCCUGCAUUGUCUCCAACCCUGUCAGCUGGGACUUGGCCACAGUCACGCCCUGGGAGAGCUGCCAUCAUGACGCAGCACCAGGGAAGGCUUCCUACAAAGAUGUGCUGCUGGUGGUGGUGCCCGUCUCGCUGCUCCUGAUCCUGGUUGCUCUCUUCUCUGCCUGGCACUGGGGCCCCUGCUCAGGGAAAAAGAAGAAGGAUGUCCAUGCUGACAGGGUGGGUCCAGAGACAGAGAACCCCACUGUGCAGGAUCUACCAUAAAGGACAGUACGAACUGAUGCCUGGACCAUCAGUCACCCCACUGCACAGGCACAUGAUGCCCUGGGACAUAACUGGUGCCUGGAAAUCACCACGGUCCUCAUACCUCCCAUGGGAACCCUGUCCUGCCUCGAUGGGGCAGCCUGGGCAGCCAUCACACUACGCGGACAGAAAGCACCAGCACGUUUCACACCUCCCCCUUUUCUCUCCCAUCUUCACAUGUCCUGGCUCCUCUCUGGGCAACAUGGACCAAACAGAACAUUCCCUCCAGGACACCGGAAGUUCUCCAGGAUCCAGAUCCACAGGGACAAUGAUUGUCCAAGGCAUUCCUCCCCCACCACUGUUCAUAAAGUAUCGCCCAACUGGCACCAAAGAAUUGCCUCCAACCUGGGUCCCAGGCACUAAAAGAUAUUAGAUAUUUGAACUAACAGAAGAACUCUGAAUCACCCAUGCCAGCUUCAGCUUCAGCCCCAGACCCUGCCAUUUGAGAUCUCGAUGCUCCCUGAUGGCCAAGGCAUUGCUAUUAAAAAAAAAAAAAAAAAAAAAAGGUCUAGAAACAGGUGAAAGUGAGAGGUGGGGGUCAGGGGUUUCUCUUUCUGGCCUAAGGACUUUCAGGUAACCAGAGUUCAUGGCCCCUCAAAGGUAAAUUGCAGUUGUAGACACUGAGGAUGGUUGACAACCCAUAGUCAAGAUGGCCACUAUUUUGCAGGAAACGCUAUAUUCAUAGACACCCUCACCAUCUGCGUCCGCUCUCACGCCUCCUGCAGGAUCUGGGAGUGGGGGUGAAGAGUCUUUCCUCACUCUCCAGCAGUGACCAGGAAAAGAAAUAUUGAAUUUGUCCCAGCCAACAGGACGUUCUUGCACAACUUCAAGAAAAGCAGCUCAGCUCAGGAUGAGUCUUCCUGCCUGAAACUGAGGGUGUGAAGAGCCAUAAAACGCUAUGCAGAAGGAACGUUAGGGAGAGAAAGGAUACUGAGGUACUCUAGAAUCUGCCACAUUUAUUUUCAAAUGCAAAUGUUUCAAGGGGAGGAAACAAAGAACCCCACCGCCCAACAGGAGGACUGUAGAGGUCACUCUGACUCCAACGAACUCUUUAUUGUGGCCACCUUUGGAAAAUACAUUCUGCCCCUGAGUGAUUCUACCUAGAAAAGCUCUGGAGUAUUGAUUGCUACGGGAAAAACAUUUAAUGAGCUAAACUUAUCCUCGGAGAUUAUUAGCUGAUAAAGUUCACAGUUUCUUUUUUUCUUUUUUUUUAAAUAAAGACGGGGUUUCACCAUGUUGGUCGGGCUGGUCUUGAACUCCCGACCUCAUGUGAUCCACCCGCCUUGGCCUCCAAAGUGCUUGGAUUACAGGUGUGAGCCACCACACCCGGCCAAGGUUCACAGUUUCUCUCACCCACGUGUAACUGUGUUUUUCCUGGAGCCUCACUCAAGUCUUGAUAAUAGAGAGAAAGGAGGCAUUGAAGAAAAAGGGUGGGUUUGAAAGUACUGUUUUCCCAGGGUGCCUUCAAUCUCCCCAUCUAGGAUGUCAGUCCCGCCCAAGGACCUUCCCUCUUCUCCCCAGUUCCUGGGCAAUCACUUCACCACGGACAAAGGCUCAGCACAGCUACCCUCCAGACCCGCAUCCUCAACCCGACUGUUCCCAGAUCCUCCCUGCCUGGCCUGCUCAGCGGUUCCCUGCGGGUAACCUGGCUUUACCAAAUCCUUUCUCUUUCCUGCACCCACCUCUCUCUUAUUACCUUCCCCCAAGAUUGCCUGAACAAGGCACAUGGCCACUCAACCUAGCAGCUUGUGCUGUCCCCACCUGCCACCUGCAGUCACACCACAUGCCUGGUCACUGAAUAGUGCAAAACUGGCCUCAGUCCCUGAAAAGGAUGUGGAAAGGAAAGCCCAGGAGCUGACAAUGAACCCCAGGGGUUUUGUGGGGAAAAAAUACACAGCACUCCCCACCUUUCUUCUCUUCAUCUCCGGGGCCCCACCUCAGAUCAAAGCAGCUGUGGAUGAGAUGGGACCCGCAGCUCUCCUGCCGCAAGGUGACUCUUAGCAACUUCAUUUCAACAGUGGUCUGUAGUCUGGUGCCCCAGGACCUCUUUGAACAGAUCCACACUGCUCAAAUAAAGUUCUCACCCUCAGUGACUCACUUGUCAACUAGUGGACUAAUUAACCCUCCACCAGAAAAACACAAAGUGCUUCCAUGAGACCAAGUCUGUGCUAAUAAGCAUUGAGACUGAUGCUAUAAAAGUCAUACCACAACAAAUAUUGAUUGAGGGCUCAGCAUGUGCUGGGUACAUUUCUUGGCACUUGGGAAUCAGUAGUGAAGCAAAACCCUUGCCUUUGAGAGUUUAUGUUCUGGAUAAUAUAAAUAAACAAGUCAGCAUACGUCA